AUGCUCGCGCAGAAGUGGGACAUGAAACUAGAUCCCGCAGGUUGGUGGAUGUCUGAGAAGCUGGAUGGUGUGCGCGGAUAUUGGGACGGCAAAAAUUUCUAUUCAAGGCUUGGCAACCAGUUUCCUGCGCCCGAUUGGUUCAAAGAGGGGCUCCCGUCAACGCCGUUGGAUGGUGAACUUUGGUGUGGCCGCCGACAGUUCCGUCGUUGUCUAAGCAUCGUUCGUAACAGGUCCAGCGGCAAGCUCUGGGAGUACAUCACGUUUCUUGUUUUCGAUGCUCCCAGUAUGCGGGCCCCUUACGAAGAGCGCGUUGCAUUCAUCAAAAGCUCGGUCAGCACCGAUGCCUGUCGCUACGCUGCACCUGUGGGCAUCGUGAAGUGUUCUGGACGCGAACACCUGAGCAGCGAGCUGAAGCUCGUCGACAGCAAGGGGGGCGAGGGCAUCAUGCUGCGGCAGGCCGGCUCAGCCUACGAGCACCAGCGCUCCAAGGUCCUCCGCAAGGUCAAGAGCGUGCACGACGAGGAGGCGAAGAUCGUCGGGCACGAGGGCGGCCGUGGCAGAGCCGGCUUCCAUUGCGGGGCGCUGACGUUGGAGACCCCGCGGCCCAUCCCCGGACGGCCGCCGCUUCUCCUGCGGCUCCGGCCUCUCGGCCGCGGACCGGCGCGCCCCGCCGGCGGUGGGCACCGUGGUGACCUACCGCUUCACGGAGCUCAUGCCAGGGAGGAGCAAGCGGCAUGCGCACGUACGUGUUCGGGCCCCUUCCCUGAUUCUUGCCGGCGCGCUGGAUCUCUGGGGAGGCGGUCAGCUCGCGGCCCCCGGGCCGUGUGGCCCCGGCGGCGGCAGACCACCGGCCGGGCGAGCUCCGGCGGCAGCACAGCAUCCUGUACGCGGACGCGGCGGUGGAGGGCGUGCUGGCGGCGCGGGCCGAGAGCCUGCCCGCGGCCUCCGCCGAGGAGCCCGCGGCCAGCGAGGGCUCGGAGGGGGGCGACACCGAG